CCGCGCUCCUGGGCGCCCGGCCGGUCUCCGGGGCCGGGGCGCCACGGCCGCGCGUCUCGUCUCCCCGGGACCGCGCGGAGUCCCCGGCCCCCCGCCGGACUCGGGCUUCGGCUCGGUCCCCGGGGUGGCCGGGAGGGGAAACCCUGCCUGGGUCACAACGAGCCCCUUCACCUCGGCCUGCAUCUCCCUUCGCUCCCCAAACGCUGCAGUUCGGCGGGUGUGGCCUCCUCUUGUGUGGGGGGCGAGGUGUCUCUAACUGUCCCUGCAGGCCCCUGGGCUUCCCGGGGCCCCUCUGGUGGGGAUGCGAAUCGAGCCCGCUCGUGUGAAGCUGAAGGUGGUCGUGGGGAGGGCGGUCGCGUCCACACACGUCGGGGUCGGAGGGAGCCCUGGUCAAUGCCCUUUAUACCACCUGUGUAACACGGGCGGGCGCUUAACCUUCCUGGGCCUCGCUGUGAGCAUCUGUAAAUAGAGAUGGUGAACAUAGCACCUGCAUCCUCGGGCUGCUGGAAGAACUGAAGUGUGCAGCCAGCCGCUCACCUGUGCUGUUAAUAGUCUGAGUGGCUCCAUACUCUGGAGGCGCCUGGCACUGUCUGGUUCCCCGCGGUUUGCGGUCUGUAAAACAGGGCUCAGCCCUCCAGCUGCUGAUUGAUACAAAGAUGCACGCGCACAACCCAGGAUGUGGAAAACUGGAGCAGCGCUGCUGGAUUUGAAAAUAGCAGCCAGUGUUUGGUGCAUGGCAUUGGUUGAGAUCGCCCAGGCAGCUUCCUCCUGAAGCACGUUCAGAUUUGAGGGUUGUUGGAGCACUUAGGACUUGGCUUGUGCGAUGGAGGCUGAAAUUGGUUUGGUGUUCCUUUAGAAUAUGUAAAAGCUGAGGUAAAAUCCAGACGUUUAGCGUGGUCCCUAAUGCUUUGGCCGCAUUUACUGGUGGGUGGAAAUGGAAGAUCAAUGUUCAAAUGUAGUGUUUAUUUCCUUACUGCUGCCUUACUGCUAUUCGUGACUCAAGAAGACACCAGUAGGGAUGUGUAACAUUUGGGAGAUAAGGAUAGUUAAGAAGUUAAAGGUAGAACAAUAAUUAUCAAACAGAGUGGAGGAUUUUAGCUAGGAGUCGAAGAACAUUCUAGGAUUGGGAAAAGAAAAAAAAACACCACCACCACCUUGAAAGGUCUUUGCUCAAACAUCCGUUUCAGAGAGGCCUUCCCAGAUGACACUGUGUCGUGUAGCAGCCCUCCCCUCCGACCGCCUUGCCUGCUGUAGACGUCCAGACCACGCUCACCCUGCUGGGGGUUUUCUCCAUGGCACCUCCAUCAUCUAAGAAUACAGACAUUGCAGCUUGGGACAAGAUAUUUAUCUAAGUUCUGCUUGUGAGCUAUUUCAGAAGCUAAACGGAACACACUUCACCAGCUGGACAAAUGAAACCCACUUUCACCUUUAAAUCUGCAACAAAGUUAACUGUUAACAACCUACUCAUUUUGGUAUGAAGAAAUGACUACAGAGUAUUUAUGUAGACUAAAACAUUUAAUGUCUCAGCUGUGAAGAGAAUCACCUUGGGUUAUUUUUCCCGCCUAGUGGCUAAAUUAAACACCUGCCAUGAGGAUGAAGAAAGAGACUGAAUUGGUCAUUUUCACCUAAAGAAAAAUGAUAGACAGAAACCGAACCUGUGGUACAGGACAGGAUUCCAUGCCCUACAUGACGUGUGUGAUCCACAUACUUGAAGAGUGGCUUGGUGUGGAGCAGCUGGAGGACUACUGGAAUUUUGCAAACUAUCUCCUGUGGGUUUUCACACCACUCAUACUUUUAAUACUUCCUUACUUUACUAUCUUUCUGCUCUACCUUACUAUUAUUUUCUUGCACAUUUAUAAGAGGAAGAAUGUGUUAAGAGAAGCUUACUCUCAUAACUUGUGGGACGGGGCCAGGAAGACGGUGGCGACGCUAUGGGAUGGACACGCAGCUGUCUGGCACGGUUAUGAAGUUCAUGGGAUGGAAAAAAUACCAGAAGAAGGACCAGCACUGAUCAUUUUUUACCAUGGAGCUAUUCCCAUAGAUUUUUACUACUUCAUGGCUAAAAUUUUUAUCCACAAAGGCAGAACUUGCCGAGUAGUAGCUGAUCACUUUGUCUUUAAAAUUCCAGGGUUUAGUUUAUUACUAGACGUAUUUUGUGCUAUACAUGGACCAAGAGAAAAAUGUGUUGAAAUUCUGCGGAGUGGUCACUUGUUAGCUAUCUCACCAGGUGGCGUUCGAGAAGCCCUGAUAAGCGAUGAGACCUACAACAUCGUGUGGGGUAAUCGUAAAGGCUUUGCUCAGGUUGCAAUUGAUGCAAAAGUGCCCAUUAUUCCUAUGUUUACAGAAAAUAUUCGAGAAGGAUUUAGAUCCCUUGGAGGAACAAGGUUAUUUAGGUGGCUUUAUGAGAAGUUCCGCUAUCCAUUUGCGCCAAUGUAUGGAGGUUUUCCAGUGAAGUUACGCACCUACUUAGGUGACCCCAUUCCAUAUGACCCAAAGAUCACAGCAGAAGAACUAGCUGAAAAGACGAAGGAUGCUGUUCAAGCUUUGAUUGAUAAGCACCAAAGAAUACCGGGAAACAUCAUGAGUGCUUUGUUAGAACGUUUUCAUAACAAACAGAAGAUCAACUAGAAGACUCUUUAAUACAUUUAUAUCAAUAUGUUUGUGUCUAUAGGACUGUCUUCUAAAUUUUGUAGGUUCUGUAAUUCGUAUCUUUAAAAAAAUCAUGUUAAUAAUCAUCUUUCACUGAACUUUGUUUAAAACUGUAGUGUCAAUUUUGUUUCUGCAAUCAAUUGUGUCAGAUUUAAACACUAACUCAUUACAUGCCUAAUUAUUCAGAAAAUGAUCAUGGUUCUUUUUAUAAUUUCCUAGUAAUGUAUCAUAAACAUAGAUUCUUAAAGUUAAGUUUAUUAAUAACAGCAAUGGAGGUUAAACGAACAUUCCUAAAUAAUGCAUUUAGUUUCUGUAUCUCUUGCACUGAGCUAGUUUUGCAGGGUGGCACAAUGUAGGGUUUAGUACAGACACUUCAGUUAGGAAAAAAAAAGCUCUUUCCUCUGCCCCUCCUUCCUUUCAUGACCUUGGGCAAAACACAUAAUGUUUUUGUGCCUCAACAAUUCACUUUUUAAAAACAUAUUAAUACUUUGGUGAGGAAUAUUGUUUUAAAUUCUUUAUAUUUGCUGUGAUUGAUACCUGUAGAGCGGAAAUUAUUAACUGAAUUAAUUAAACAAUACCAAGAUCUUUUAGAAGUUUAUGUAUAUAUUUUGUCCAUAGGAUGUUUAAAUUAUCCCUUCAGGUAUAAUGUCAAGUUGCCAAGCACAAUAAAAAGAUGUACUGUUUUUCAAAUUGAAUAAAAAAGAAAUUAGGAAAAGUAAGAUUUCUAAUGAUUGUUAUUAUUCUUUUUAGUAUUAUAUUUUUAAUGAGACCCUGUAGACACACCGUGCAGGGUGUGCUGUGCAUAGUCAGCCCUGUGAUAUGCAUUGUGUCAGGUUAGAAAUCAGGGUCCUGCCCUGCAUCUCAUACGUUAGAAGCUGAUUCCAGGCUGAUGAAGGCACCGAGAGAAAGUGCUGCUUUUGCUCAACAUCAUGGCUUAUUCAGCUUGACUUUGCAACCAGUCAGAUGGUUUAUUGUUUCAAUAAAAAAAUACUUGAAUGAUGAAUUUAUGGGAACAUAAGGCUUUCAGAAAAAUUAAUGGCUUUGAUUUGUUGUCUCCUUGAAAUCUGAAUUUAAAAGUAUUUGAACAGAAUAGUACCAGAAAUCAAAUGCAGUAUGUCCCUCUCUCUUUUUAAGAUAUUAAAUUACUUGGAUUUUUGUAUGAACUUUUAUAUAACAAGUAUGUAUGUAUGAUAUGUGUAAUGUAUAUUAAAUUAAGCAAUAUAAAAAUAAAAGUGAAGCUGAA